CUGCAUUGGGCGUUCCCAGGAGCCUGGUAAAUGGAACGUUCUCCGAGAUCAAGGACCGAAUGUUUUCCCAUCUGCCUUCCUUGCAGCUGCUAUUGCUGAAUUCUAACUCAUUUACGGUCAUCCGGGAUGAUGCUUUUGCUGGACUUUUUCAUCUCGAAUACCUGUUCAUCGAAGGGAACAAAAUAGAAACCAUUUCAAGAAAUGCCUUCCGUGGCCUCCGUGACCUGACCCACCUCUCUUUGGCCAAUAACCACAUAAAAGCACUCCCAAGAGAUGUCUUCAGUGAUUUAGACUCCCUGAUUGAACUAGAUCUAAGGGGCAAUAGGUUUGAAUGCGACUGCAAAGCCAAGUGGUUGUAUCUGUGGUUGAAGAUGACAAACUCCACUGUGUCCGACGUGCUGUGCGUCGGUCCCCCGGAAUAUCAGGAGAAGAAGCUGAACGACGUCACCAGCUUUGACUACGAAUGCACAACCACAGAUUUUGUGGUUCAUCAGACACUGCCCUACCAGUCGGUUUCUGUGGAUACGUUCAACUCCAAGAAUGACGUGUAUGUGGCCAUCGCUCAGCCCAGCAUGGAGAACUGCAUGGUGCUGGAGUGGGACCACAUCGAAAUGAAUUUCCGGAGCUAUGACAACAUCACAGGUCAGUCCAUCGUGGGCUGCAAGGCCAUCCUCAUCGACGACCAGGUCUUCGUGGUGGUGGCCCAGCUCUUUGGCGGCUCUCACAUUUACAGAUACGACGAGAGCUGGACCAAGUUUGUGAAAUUCCAAGACAUCGAGGUCUCUCGCAUUUCCAAGCCCAACGACAUUGAGCUGUUUCAGAUCGAGGACGAGACGUUCUUCGUCAUCGCGGACAGCUCGAAAGCCGGCCUGUCCACGGUGUACAAGUGGAACAGCAAGGGCUUCUACUCGUACCAGUCUCUGCACGAGUGGUUCAGGGACACGGACGCCGAGUUUGUCGACAUAGACGGCAAGUCGCACCUGAUCCUGUCCAGCCGCUCGCAGGUCCCCAUCAUCCUGCAGUGGAAUAAGAGCUCUAAGAAGUUCGUCCCCCACGGCGACAUCCCCAACAUGGAAGACGUGCUGGCCGUGAAGAGCUUCCGAAUGCAGAACGCCCUCUACCUGUCGCUCACCCGCUUCAUCGGGGACUCCCGGGUCAUGAGGUGGAACAGUAAGCAGUUCGUGGAGGUGCAGGCUCUCCCGUCCCGGGGGGCCAUGACCCUGCAGCCCUUCUCUUUUAAGGAGAACCACUACCUGGCCCUGGGGAGCGACUACACGUUCUCGCAGAUCUACCAGUGGGAUAAAGAGAAGCAGCUGUUCAAGAAGUUUAAGGAGAUCUACGUGCAGGCCCCGCGCUCCUUCACCGCCGUCUCCACGGACAGGAGAGAUUUCUUUUUUGCGUCCAGUUUCAAAGGGAAAACGAAGAUUUUUGAGCACAUAGUCGUUGACUUAAGCUUGUGAAGGUGUGCUAGGUGAAUGUACAAGACACGCAGCACUGGCUCGCACGCGAGAGGACCGAGAAAAUACAUUUCAAAAGAAGCCAGGUACAGAGGCCUGACGUUAAAACGGCCUUGGGGAAACAGUUAGACGGUUUCAAACUUUUAGAACUCACAUUUUAAUCAGGGAUUGCACUUAUUGGCUAACUGCAUGACAUGUCCAUCUUCCCAUUUCAAAUGACAUCGUAAAGCCUGUAAUUCCUGACAAAGAGGACAGUAGUGACUUACCAUCUAGAAAGCAAUGCGCUUUUUUUUUUUUUUUUUAAUGAAGGAGAAAAUCGGAUAAGAUGGGGCAGCUCUUAUAAUGAAAUUUUUUAAAAGACCAAACAAACUAUGGGCCCUUAUCCCAUUUUAGCAAUCUUUCUGGUAAGGACUCUUAAAGCCAAGGUCAGCUGAAAAGAUUUGCUGAUGGUAAGUUGAAAAAUCGGGUAACACUCAGCAUUGCUAUUUUGAGCCAUCCCAGUUUCCUG